AUGUCCGCCAACUACAGCUACAGCAGUUCCUCCUUCGUCUCGGCGACAUAUAGCAGCAGCGGCACUGCGUCUUCCUCGUCCGACGCGGCCAGAGGCAACAAUGGCCACAACCAAGCCCACUCUCAACGCUACACCGAGACCGUGACCAGCAACGACCGCGACGGGACCACGGUGUAUAGGACUCACGAGGAAACAGGCAAGCCCAUCCUCGCCGAGGCGUAUCACGCUCCCGCGACGAGUACCGGUGCUGGGCCGGGACAAGGACGCGGGGUGACGAGGGGCAUCGCAGACGGAGGCGGUGUGUCGUCCGACGGUACUCACGCCCAAAACAGAAUCCAGGACGUCACCGACGACGACGACGACGAUGCCGCCGUCGAUCCCGAACAGGAAGAACGGGAUCGUCAGUAUCUUGAAAGGAUGGAGGACGAGUACGCAAAGCGUGAAGGAGGCGCUUAA